AUGGAUUCUUCUCUUUGUACACCUGGUACGUCCCAUGAUCGUUCAAAAUCACCGGUUACUAAAAAAAUACGUUUAUCCGAUCAUGAUAUUUCUGCAAUGUUUGAAGAACCAUUAUCGUCUGAUGAACAGUUUUCUUAUGACUCAGAUACAGAUCUAGGUGAAGGUGAUUCGGCGGACGACGAUUCAGAUUAUUGUGUAAAUGAAAAGGUUUUGCAAAAUGAGACCGAAAUUGAAAAUGACAGUUUCAUCAGAGAAAAUCUGACAAAUUCACAAACACAUAAUAAUAUUUGGUUAGAUCAUUCCCCAGAUUUGGACCUUAUUGUUUUUGACGAAAAUACCGGAUUAAAAAUAAAGCCUAAUGGUGACAAACCAAUUGAUUUUUUUGACUUACUAUUGACCGAUGAUUUUUAUGACUUCGUCCUUGAGGAAACAAAUAAUUAUGCAGCUGAGUUAUUCUUGACUAGGUCCAGUAAUAAAUCUCGAAUUUCAAAAUGGAUCGAACUUACCAAAAAUGAAUUGAAAACUUUUUUUGGAUUAGUUUUUCAUACAGGCACAAUAAAAAUGCCACGGAUGUCUGAUUAUUGGAAAACCGAUAAGCUUUUUAAUUUAAAUUGCUUUCGUGACUUUAUGAGUAGAAACAGGUACAUGCUGAUAACGCGUGCAUUACAUUUUAGUCGCAACCCUGACCCUGAUGAUCCCAAACCUAGUCGAUUAUAUAAAAUCGACCCAGUUUUAGAGUAUUUCAAUAACCGUAUGCUCGAAGUAUAUAAACCGUCUAAACAAUUAUCCUUGGACGAGUCAAUGGUCCUUUGGCGUGGCCGAUUAGUUUUCCGCCAAUAUAUAAAAAAUAAACGCCACAAAUAUGGUAUAAAACUUUAUAUGUUGACUGAACCUAACGGACUUGUAUUAAAUAUUCUUAUUUAUUCUGGGCAAGGUACUGAUAGUACACCUGAAAAAACUCAUACAGAGUAUGUUGUUUAUAAACUGAUGGAAAAUUAUUUGGAUAAAGGUCACUCACUCUUUAUGGACAACUAUUACAACAGCAGUAAUUUAGCACACUCAUUACUACAACGUAAGACAUACUGCACAGGGACACUACGAAACAACCGAAAAAAUAAUCCGAAAGAAAUCAUUUCAAAAAAACUUAAAACUGGAGAAUCCGUUUGUAAAUAUACUAAAUAUGGUGUGUGUAUAGUCAAAUGGAAAGACAAAAGAGAAGUCCUUGCUAUAAGUUCCGAGUUCAAAAAUGAAAUGAUAGAAGUACAUAAUAAAUAUGGUAAAUCCAAAUUGAAGCCCUUGCCGAUAUCGGAGUACAACAAGUUUAUGUCCGGCAUUGAUCGGCAAGACCAAAUGUUGUCAUAUUACCCUUGCGAAAGAAAAACGUUGAGGUGGUAUAAAAAAAUAGGGUUUCAUUUUUUGCAAAUAACGUUACUAAAUUCUUAUUUGCUGUAUUGUAAAAACGUCAAAAAAAUAAGCUAUUAUGAUACCCAAUACAACCACCAUAUUCACGAUUACCACAAAAACAUUUUCCUAUCAAAGUGGACAAAAAUCAUAAAAGACGGUAUAUUCGUAAAAGAUGUCGAAUUUGCGCCACAAAGGGAAAAAGAGUAG